AUGGUGCAUGUGGUAGGCAUCGGCCUCUGGUUGGCGGCUGUACUUGGCGUACGCACGGUGAUCGAGCAAGACCUGACCUUGGACUGGCGAUCGCAGUUCAACGUCGUGUGCGCGCUACUGCUCUGCUUUCUUUGGGGCAGCGCCUUUGUCACAGGACUCUCCACCUUUGUUGUCGCUCACGUCGCCAGCCGCUGGUAUGCGAGAGGCCCACUGGCUAGCAGCGAGUCGCCAGUCCAGGCACUGCUGGUUGGGCUGCGCUACCACGCAGGCAGCAUAGCUCUUGGAUCUUUGUUGCUGGCCUUCGUGCGUUUGUUGAACAUCCUGCUCUGGUGGGCCGAAAAGGCGCAGGACGAGGUCGUCCAGCAGGCCGUCCCGGGUGGACCGAGGCGUCGGCAAAGGCCUCCGAGCUGUAUGCGAUCAUUCCGAAACUUCGCCGCUGAGAUCCUGGAGGCCGUGGCCACUUGGGCCUCAAAGCAGGCCUUCGUGCAAGUUGCCAUCAGCGGCUGCGGCUUCGUGCCUGGUGCUACCAAGGCAGCAAGGCUCUCUGCCUCUGCCCCACUCGGCUUCCUCGUGGUCGAGGGCCUGGCGAAUGCCUUCCACCGAAUUUGUGAGCUCUUUCUCAUCGGCUUAGCCGUGGUCAUCGCUUCGGCCUGGGGUUGCGAGGGCUUCAAGGAGCUGUUGCCGCCCGCAGCCGCCGCCUGGCUGGCUGCCGAGUCCUUGCUCCACCCCUACAGCGUGGCCACGACGACCAUCCUCCAUUGCAUCUUGAUGGACACCCAUACCAAGCAGGAGAAUGAUCGGGCCCCAUCCGAAGCAAGCAGCCUAAGAGCAGUCAUGGAGCAGUGGGACCGGGAGGAGGUGUGGCAGCAGCCACCCAGCCACCGUGGAAGCCGUGACAAGCCCACGGAGUCAUCCAGACGCAAGAUGCUCAACACCAUCAACGAGCUAUUGCACCCACCCGGCCACCAUGGAAGCCGUGACCAGGCCCACGGAAUCCUCUCGGCGCAAGACGGUAAGCGCCAGCAAGACCGUCACGCCGACGCGGCGGCCUCGGAGAGCGAGGGCCCGAAGCGGCGGCGCACAGCCGAAGGUCAUCUUGACUGGACCUGUGCCAACUGCAGCGCCCACAACUACAGCUAUCGCGGGGCUUGCUUCAGGUGUAAAAUGCCUCGUGGCCCAGGAGUUAUGGGCGAGCGGCGCCACCCAGAGGAGCCGAGCCCCUGGCAAGGAGCAGAGGCCGCUGCCUGUGCAAACGGCGCCGGAGGCCUCCCGGCUGCUGAGAACACCUUUACCGUGAUCGAGGUCCCUGAGUCGUACAUUGGCCUGCUGAUCGGUAAGGGUGGCUAUGACAUCAGGCAGCUCCAGGCGUGCACGGGCGCGGCUGUCCAGGUCGGCAAACUCUCCUUCGAAGGCUCACGCAAGGUUUGCCUGAACGGAAGUGCCGAGGCCCAGGCGGCCGCGGAAGCCAUCAUCAAGAGGAAGCUGAUGGAGUGGGCCGAGAAGGAUGCCUACAAGCCCAUCACCGACUACAUCUUGGUUCCGAUGAAGUUCGCUUCCAAAUUGAUCGGCCCACACGGCUGCGUCAUCAACCAGGAACCAGACCCGCCGGUGCCGCAAAUGGCCCGGCCCGAAUGCAGAUACGGCCAAUUGAACUCCCCAUCGCUCGUGGGCCACAACCUGGCCCACGAGCGAUCGGGAGCUGCAUUGGCCUUCAAGAGCGUGUUCGUGACCGAGGGUGCCCGCCACGGUUACUUCGAAAGCCGCAGGCUCAAGCUGCGUCCGCCCGUGCCACGCAAAGAAAGCGCCGAGGAUGAGGUCGAGAAGGCCGAGAUCAUCAAGAACCAAGCAGCACAGGUGCUCUUCGAUGGUACACAGGAGCGCUGCAGCUCCAGCGUGGAGAAGCUGCCGGAAGACGUGCAGACGCUUUGCAAGCAGACGCGGCCGGACAGCUUGCUCGAUGUAAUGCUGGAGAAGCUGCAGAACAGCUCUCAAGACGUGGCUCUCUGGCUCUGCUCGGCUGCAGAAGGUACUAUCGACAAGGAGUGGAGUACGCGCUACUCAGAGCGACUAUCCUGCGAUGAAGCCGCAACGAGCACAAUCGGGGCAAUGCUGGAUCUUGACAGUCACGCCACCUUAGCUGGGAGAGUCUACGCUGCUGCGCGCUUCAUGCUUUGGACGUCGAAGUUCGCCUUGGUGGUGGCCACGCCGUUCAUUCCUCUCCCCUUCGGCUUUCUCGCGCGGAAGUUUCUGGAUGUGGUCAUCGGGCAGCUGACCGGCGAAGCAGAGGAGGAGCUCAGCACUCUUGAGAAGAGGAUGGAGAAGAAGAUGGAGGAGAUUAGCCGCCGAACUGCUCAGAAGCUGCAGCUGGAGGAGGCCUUUCGCAUUGGCAGCGCCCACGCCCGGGCCGCCAACGACCAGAUUAAGGACAUGGCGAUGAUCGAUCACCUGUGGAGCAGAUGCCUGACUGGAUAG